GAGAGAGAGAGAGAAAGAGAGAGAGAUAAAGAUAGAGAUAGAUAGAUAGAUAGAUAUAUAGAUAGAGAUAGACAGAUAAGAUAAACACAAAGGGAAACGCAGAUAACGAGACCAACCCCCUCCCCCCUGCAGCGAGACCGUGCAGCUGGCCAACGAGUGGCUUGGGCGCUACGAGGGGGCGCAGGUGGUCGCCUGCGAGACGCUCUCCUUCGUGGCCAGCGAUGCCCCGCGCUCGUGUCUGGCGGGGCCAUGGCCCUCUGUCGCCCACCUCAGCGGGCUGCGAGUGUGGCUGAAGAAUCCCGAGUACGACGAGGAGUCGGGGUCAGCCAAGGGCCUCCCCGGCCGCGUCCUGCUGAGCUACCGAGACUUCACGCCGCGUCUGGGAGGGAAGUCGUUGUUCAGCCGAGGCUACGAGGACACACUCGUGCUGCUGGGGCGCCUCAAUGAAUAUAUCAGGGACAGAGUCACCCCCGCGCGGAUCCUCUCUGUUCACACGCUGGAUGCCCCUAUGGAUGGACUCUUAGACGUCGGCGCGGAUACCGAGAAGUCGAGGAUAUCCUACGCGCAGCAUGGGUUUACGAGGUACUGCCGCUUCUUGCGUGUGUUUUCGGUAACCAGGUAUCAACACGGGCCUUUGGAUGGUCCCGCCCCCAAGAUCAAGGUCAGACUCAAGGACUUUCAGCCGAAAACGGAAGACAGAUCUAGCAGCGAGCGACUUUCAAAUCUUAUAAAGCGAGCACUUCAAUGGUGUGCCAUGACGCCAUAUAUCAGCGUCUUGAACUUCCAGGUGGUGCCUCUCCGGGCAGGGGCAGAGAACACCGUCGCCUCCACGUGGGUCCUCGAGAGUCCCGGCCACAUCGCGAACAAGUUCUCCUCCUUCGUUCGCGUCAUCUACACCACCGAGGCGUCUAUGGAGGAAAACUCCUCUGCCUCGCUUCCCAACAACGUCCAGGAGAGCACCGACCCCGCCGUCGAGGUCGAGGAAGGAGGCGACGAAAAGGAGGAGGAGGAGGAGGAGGAGGACAAAGGUAAAAUUGACGGCGAGGAGAAGACGGACGGCGGUGGCAACGACUCGGGGAUGUUCAUGGAAGCGAAAUCUUCUGCUAAGAAUGGCAGCUUGAAAGCAGACGCAAGCCUCCCAGGAGCGGUGCGGGAUGCAGCGCCUGCUCUGGCGGGGUCGUCCCAGGUCAUACACUGCAAGACCUUCAUACCUCGCCUCGUGUCCAGUGGAGGGCUGUGUGGCAGCGCGGAGUGGGAGAAUAUGAGAGAGCUGCUGGAGAGACUCAACGCCUGGGUCGUGGCUUCCGAGGGCAGCUUGGUCACGCUGCAGACUCACCUCGUCUACGCUUCAGGCAAUGAGGUUCGCCCGGAGGAGACGCGGUGGGCGAGGCCCUUGAGGAACGCGGAGCAAGUGGGUGUCCUGCACGCCAUUGUGCAAGGAGGUCGCCCCCCCACGGCUUUUCCUUCCGCCCCACCGCUCCCCUCCCGGAAGUGUGCCAUCAUGUGAAAAUUGAUGAGUGGGAAACGUGAAUAAUUUAUAGUUACUGAUUAGAUUAAAAUGGAAUAUAUGUUAGAUAAUAAUCAAAUAUUAAUGUAUAAAUGUUUUCUGUGAAAUCGUUGGAAUUUCAGAAUGUAUGUAAAAAAACAACAAACAGAAAUUGGAAUGAGUUCUGUUUAAUCUACUUGAUUUUUUUCUAAUAAGGCGAACGUUGCAAAUGGAGACAAGAUGUUACAAGAUAAAAAAAUAUAAUAUAUUCUAAAUCCUAAUCAAAUAAUGAUAAUUAAAUCUUCAAAAAGUUGUUCGGUAUUUGAUAUUGGUGAAAAUCGGUUGUUGUAUGUUUUAUGAAAAGGGUGUUUUUUGUUUGUCAAAUUCAAGUGCUACAAUUACCCUGAAUACUGAACGUAUUUGUGUUAGAUCGCUAUCCUAAUGACCAGUUGGUUAUUUUAGAUAUAUAUGUAAAAUUUGUUAUGAAUG